UGCCAUCAUGGCGCCCUCACCGGACAACUUUGUCCUACGACCACAAUCACCAUCGACCACUACGGACUCGGAUCUCCUUGGGCUUGUACUAUCAUCUUUGAGUCAGAGCAUCAUAUUCAGUCAUGAGUACGAGCCAAUGGGAUCGAUCAUCGGCUUCGGCCGACGGUCUGCUAACUAAUGAAGACUGCUUUUUGCUGCUCGAAUUUGACUUCUUUGACAAUGACAAUGGUCUGCUCAAGAGUUUUCCAAGCGCUGCACCUAAGAUCGAAACCGGCAAGUUCAUCGUGCAUGAUGACAGCAACAGCAUGUACCCUCCAUCACCGCUUGAAACCAAACCCAGUCGUGCGGAACUUGCAAACGAUCUGCUGCAGCAGCUAGACAAUCAGUGCAAACAAGAGAACAUUUUUUCAAAUUGGCUGGAGGAGAAAGUGGAUCUGCCCAUCUUCGAGAACAUUAACAAUGUGCCGGAACGCGUGGAAGCGGUGCAACCGCUAGCUGUGCCCGUGCCCGUGCCGGUGCCGGUGCCGGUGCCAACCGUUUACCCACCACCGCAGCCCACGGAGGAAUUGCUUCGGGAAUUCGAGACUGUAUACGGUGCCGUGGAGCUGACUCACCUUACUCCACCGCAGAGCCCGCCGGGCCCUGCUACUCAGCUGCUGCUAAGCUACGCGCAGAAUGCACAGUGCGCACCACUGGCGCCGUUGCCCAUCGCUCAACAAGAACCUUGGCCAGUCGUCACUCCCGUGCCCUCCAUCCCCGUAGAGUACGAUUCCGAGCUUCAAGCGGUCGAGGAGUUGGUUCGCCAUCGCGCCGCUCAACUGUCAUCUCCGAUCCCGUUCGUGGAUAGCGCGAGCAACUCUCCUCGUUCCACUCCGCCGUCUUCACCCCGUUCGUCUUCUACCGACGAGGAGUGGGGUGCACCAUCCCGCCCGAAACCGUACUCUCGAUCGGUGGACGAUCGCCGUUCCCGCAAGAAGGAGCAGAACAAAAACGCCGCUACUCGUUACCGUCAGAAAAAGAAGGCGGAAAUCGAGGUGCUACUUAGUGAGGAGCAAGCGCUCCGCCAACGUCAUACGGAUCUCGACGACAAGUGUUCCGAUUUACAACGCGAGAUCCGCUACCUCAAAGGGCUCAUGCGCGAUCUUUUCAAGGCAAAAGGCCUAAUCAAGUAAAUUCAUCACUGACGCCGCCUCCAGCGAAAGAAUCUGAACGUAAAUAAGCGCGAUGUCACAGCGCAGCUUUUAAAUCGUCCUAUAAGAAGGAGUUCUGUUAUUUUGAUGGUUUAACAUUUAAGUUAAAAUAAUCCUGCUAAUAAUUUUACUGUACGUUUUUUCGAUGAGCAGAUUUAACGUCAUUCGAGCAGCAUUUUUCAUUCGCAUUAGUUAGCCGAGAUCAUAACACCUUACACCAUCAGGUGGCGCCAUUUAAAUAAUUUUCAUUCAUCUUUCAUAAUUAGAGGAUAGGUCGCAUUUAUUGUUAUGAAAAUGUGUGUUUUUAAAUUGUAAUUCUAAUCAUUAUUGUCAGUUAUACAACAGAAUUGAUUUUACCGUAAAUAAAUAUUUUAAUGAUGCAAUAUUAUUUUUUUUGUGAAACAAAUUUAUCAGUUUAUAUUGUUGUUAUAUAUUUUCAUACAUUAAAUAAAAUGCGACGGCG